AUGAUGCAACCAGGCAACCAACUCUGCUUGGUCCCUUCAGAUGAGAAGGCCUUCAAUGAACUUCAACAGCCGCUUGAGCAAAAUUCACCUGGCGUGCCUGAGGAGGGUUUUAAGCCAGGAUCUGAUUUUGUUAAUCACAAGAUCGCCCAGGCUCAGGAGGUGAUGUACCAAUGCACCGAGUGUGGGAAGAACCUGAGUCGCAAAGACCACUUGAAGAGACAUCAAGAGAUCCACAGCAGGAAGAAGAAACCCCACCAGUGCUCGUAUUGUGGGAAGUGCUUCCGGCAGAGGUCAGACCUGGUUUUUCACGAGAGGAUCCACACGGGAGAGAAACCGCUCAAGUGCUCUAUUUGCGGGAAGAACUUCAGAAGCACCUGCCAGUUGAUUGUCCACGAGAGGAUCCACACCCGGGAGAAACCGUACAAGUGUUCUGCCUGCGGCAAGAGCUUCAGCCAGAAUGCAAACCUCACUGUCCACCAAAGGACCCACACGGGCGAGAAGCCCUACAAAUGCUCCACCAGUGAGAAGACUUUCAUUCAGAAGUCACACCUCAUGAAACAUGAGAGAACCCACACCAGAGAGAAGGCGUGCAAGUGUUUAGCUUCCUUUGAAAUUAGCUUCUUAAAUUGA